CCUCCGUGGUCCCGAAACUGCGGAGCUUGGCCCCGAAACCAGCGCCCCACGCGCACACCCGCAGCGGGCGAGCGACAGGGACAUGGCGGCAGGCAGGCACCCAGCCCAGAGCGCUGCCGGCGGCGGCCGCCCGCACACAGAGAGGCCGCAGUGACGCCUCCCAACCCCGAGGCCGCAGGGAUGGACGCGGAGCGCGCUGCCGGCCGGGACAGCGCCGAGGGAGGAAGAGGAGGACUGGGUGACUUCGUGUCUGCCCUUCCUCCCGAGAUCAUCUCCCGGAUUUUCAGUGGGCUGGAUGUCGAGAGCUUGUGCCACGCGUCCGUGACGUGCAAGGGCUGGCACCGCGUCAUCGACAGCAACGAGCGGCUGUGGCGGCACCACUGCCUGGCCGUGCGCGCCGUCUGCCAGCGGGAAAUCGACUGCGACCGAGGGAAUGGCUAUUCCUGGAAGAUUACAUUGUUGAGAAACUACUGGAAAAGCAAAGUGAAGCAAGAAUGGCUUAGUGGGAAAUACAGCAACAUUCCUUCACAAUUCAGUUUGCCAGAGAAAAGCAUGUAUCCAAUGGAUGUCGACACGUGGGGAGAAAUCUUGGAAGCAGAACUUGAGAGAUGAUAAGCCAGUGCUGAUUCUUGCAACUGAGAUAGCUUUUGCCAAUAGCAGACACAAUGUUCAGCAGUUGUGAAACUGAUUUUGAACUGAUUAUGAAUUUAUGAUGAAAACUUCUCCAAAAAAACGUUAUGGAUGUCUUUUUUUAAUUUGCAUUUUACUGUAUUAAUUUUAUGUAAAAUUCUAAAAACAACUAAAUAUUCAGCUGUAAUUUAUAUUUAUACUUGUAAUGUUCUACUGCACUGUCAAAAAUAUGCUGAUUAUAAUUUCAGUUUGCA